AGAAGCAGCCAAAGCCGAGGAGGAGGAGCAGCAAAGUGAGGAGUUGCUGAAACAGACGGAAGCCGAGAGGCAGAAGAUCGUCUGGGAGUGGAAGGAGCUGCGAGGGUUUCUGGAGGAGCAGGAGCAGCGUCUGCUGGCCCGGCUGGAAGAGCUAGAGAGAGCCAUUGUCCAGAGAAGGGAUGAGGGCGUCUGCAGCCUGUCCUGGGAGAUUUCCCUGCCCAGCGAGAGGGGAGGAGAGAAGGGGCAGCAGCCGCUGAGCCAACCCCUGCAGGGUGCUGGAAGCAUUGGGGGCAGCAGGGAGGACGGGAUGUUUCGGAAGCCAGAGCCGUCGUUUGCAGAGCUGGAGAAGAGACUCGGCAAUUUCUGUCUGAAAAGUGCCAUGCUGCAGGAGGUGCUGCUGGGAUUCAAAGAGACGCUGCGACGGGGGCUGGGGAGCGACACAGCCAUCCCAAUGAUAAUUAAUUUCUGGGAAACAUCCUCAGCAGAAUUAUUUGAAGGUGUUGCACCAGAGAGUAAAGGCACAGAGACCGUGGCUUGUGGGAACGAGGGCGGCAGAGUAACACCCACCUUUGGCUCCAGAUUGUCCCAGCCUCCCACGGGACAGGGAAGGGAACUGGCUGUAGUGGAGCCAGUCCAGGGGCCGGUGACCUUCGAGGAGGUGGCUGUGUAUUUCACCAGGGAAGAGUGGGCUCUGCUGGACCCCCGUCAAAGAGCCCUCUGCAGAGACUCACAGCUCUGCCAAGCUGCUCCAACUCCUCCCUCCACCAUCCAGUUACAGCUACAGCUGACCCAGUGCACACAGCUGGAGGCAUGCGGCUAA